CCGCCGCACCAGCACAACGCGCCGCACAAUCGACUAUGACAGCCAUCUGCUUCGUUUGCAAUCUGCCAAUUCUGAGCCACCAAGUUGGCUUGGUGUGGCAGGGCGGCAAUGGGUGGGAUGAUCUUGUUAGGGAACAGGUCGAGGAGUCGACGCUCAAACAACGGCUGGGAACUGGCAGGAGAGAUUCAGCGGCUCAAAUAGGCGCCUCAAUUUCCCCGCCAAAUGAGAUCCAAGAAUCUCCCCCAAUCAAUCAACGCCGGCGAAGAUCCAGCUUAGCGGAUAUCCUGAGGGAAUGGGGUGGCGGUGCUGCGAACAAGAGUAAAAGUGCCAACAAACUUUGCCGUAGGGAAACUCUUGCUGACAUUGCUAAGUCUCUGCCGUGGUCACGACAACAAACUACGGAUACGAGUCACGCGAGUAUCAAGAAGCGUCGGGAAAGUUCGGUUGACAGUGGUAUAAAGAGUCAGGUCUCCAGUAAAUCGAGGAGAGAUUCGACAAUCAGUGAUUUUAAGAAUGACUUUGCCAAAUUAUGGAAUAAGCGAGAGAUAUUCCAGCCGCAACCGCCACCGACGAUCAUAUCGCCGACGCCGAGAAGAGGUGAUACGUUUUUUCUUCGCUCCGGCGAGUCGAAGUACUCUAGGCGAGGCUCCGGCGAGAGCGCCCGUUCCCGAAGAGAUUCGGUCGCCGGCAGCGAGAGAAGACACCAAUGUCGCCACCACCGCCGCAAACAAUCUCAACAGUCCCAAAUAUCCGUCGACGUCGCAUGCAUCACUCCCACGAAGUACUACAGAAGCGAUCAGAGACCGAGUGCUUCGAGUACAGACAGCGCGGCAUCGGCAGCUGUGAGGGACCACCUCGAGGCACAAAGAAGCAUGGAAAAGGUCGAGCCAAGGAAUCACCUGGCCCUAGACGCGAGACCCGCUCAAGAGAUGAAGUCGUCGUCCACCGAGACGAGAAAUUUUUUGACGUUAGAGCCAACAGUGAACACCCCCACAAUUAUAAUGUCUUCCGUAACGCCACCAGCUAUUUCCCCAGUAGCUGGAAAUAGUCUUCCUCUACCUGGUACUUCCACAUCAGGGAGUUCCAGUCCUGUGGGCUCUCCCAAUCUCAAUCACAGUGCACCUCAUCCCCUUUCCGCCACCCGAAGGGAUUCCACGACUCAGUGUUAUUAUGGCAAGGUGAAAGAAAUAUCGCCGAAUAAAAUAUCAAGAUUGACGAGACAAGCGGCGACAAUCGACGAAUCACUCUCACCCUCUGGACGACGCGGAAGCCAACCAACUCUGUCACCAGAUCCUGAUGAUGGAGGUCGAAAGGCAAGAAGAGACUCAUUGAGCCCAGACUCAGCCUCAUAUCCAAGACGUCGCGACUCCAAGAGCCAUCUGAGUCCGGACAGAUCGGCUGAUAAACGCGACAUUAGUCCCAUUAGACAAAGAAGACAAUCAAGACUCAGACGACAGUCUACCUCCAUUGCUGGCAGGCCGGCGAGAUCUCCGGACAGCUCCACCUGUUCGUCCCGAGACCCGAGUCCGUGUGCUCGGGGCCCGGGGAGUCUCCAGCACGCUCCAAUAAUCCGAAGACAAUCAACAACCGAGGAAAUCCUCAUUGCCCGCGGCUUUCGGCGACAAAGCACAACUGAAGAAAUGAUCAGAUGCCGAAAUUUUCGGCGACAGAGCUCUCAAAGUGAUGACACAGUACAAAGAUAUCGGGGCCGCCGCGACAGUUCAGCUCAAAUAACAGAUGGAACGUUUGCUACUAUGACUGUGGAAACAUCAAGCACCUUUUUCGAUAGCAGUACUCAAACUGAGCCAUCACCGCCCUACGACAACAACCACUAUCACGAGGAGUGCCUGAAAUGUAACAGCUGUGGCCUCAAUCUCACAGGACCCAAUCAGAAGAGGGCAAGGCGGUUUAAAAACCAGAUACUUUGCGAUCUGCAUUUUGCGGACGUGGCGCUGAUGGAGUGUUCCGAUUUUAUGCAGCAGUUGCGCAGCUUCAAGCCCCAAAGUUUAGGCUGCGCAGUUGCCCGAAGAAAAUCAUCAACGACACUGAUAUUUCCGUUGCCUCCGCAGGCUUGCUCAGAUGAGUUUUGCCAGGAGUUUCCCCACAAUCUCAUACCCACACCUGGCUACUGGAUCGAGUGCUCCCGGCAACAGAUCACUUCGGAUACAAUCUGGGACGAGAGCGCGAGCGAUCGCGAUAUCACUGAUGCCGAGCAGGAGCAGCAGGAGCUGCAGGACAGGCUGGAUGACGACGAUGGGCCCAGGAAGAAGACCGUUAUCGAGGAGCAGUGGGACAAAAAUCAGGGCUUCGAACUUACCUCAGUCGAGCAGGAGACGUACGAGAAGUACUUCUACGGCUCUGAGCACUGGAAUUAUUUUACGAAUGACGAGGAUCUGGGCCCCGUUAUUCUCAGUAUCAAGCAGGAGACUAUCAAUGGCAGGGAUCAGUUCAGAAUACUCGUUCGGGCGAUCAGUUACACUGUUCACGGGUUGAUACCUGCCAGUUGUGUAUUCGCUGAUCGAUACAAUCGCGAGGAAGUUGUGAAAAGUCUCGGUAAAGAGGUCAACAUAAAUCCCCCCUUGACCCUCGGCCAACUUCCUGAUACACCCGAGGAACUUCUCAAAUUAGAUCAAGUCUUUAUUAAAUCCGAGUUGAAAGUCGGCGUUAUUUACGUGCGAGAGAACCAGUACUCCGAGGAGGAAAUUCUCGAUAACAAUGAUAACACAGCGUUAUUCCAAGAAUUUUUGCAAAUUCUCGGCGAUAAGGUGCGUCUUAAGGGCUUUGACAAAUACAAGGGCGGCCUCGACACCGUCCACGACCUCACCGGUCUGUACUCAGUCUACACCAAUUGGCGUGGCAUUGAGAUCAUGUUCCACGUGUCCACAAUGCUGCCGUACGAAAAACACGAUCCCCAGAAAUUGCAGCGCAAACGUCACAUUGGGAAUGACAUUGUUUGCGUGGUGUUCCUGGAGGCUGACAACACACAUUUCAGUCCAGCCUGUAUAAAGUCCCAUUUUUUACACACAUUCAUUCUUGUGAGGGUCAGUCCGAGGAUCAAGCGUAAGGUCACGAGGUACGAGGUCUCGGUUGUCACGAGGGAUGAAGUGGGGGCGUACAAGCCCUACCUCUGGGAGCAGAGUAUAUUCGAGAAAGGGCCCAUGUUUCGAGAGUGGAUGCUCACGAAAAUCGUGAAUGGCGAGCGCGCGAGUUACUCAGCCCCGAAAUUCGCGAGAAUGCAGGAGAGGACGAGGAGUCAGAUGCUGGAGGACAUUGUGGCCAAUCUAGCGAAUCACGCGGAGACGGGACAGAUUCCUAAACCCUACAGGCGGGGGUCGUGGAGGCCCAUUGGGCACAUGCGACCAUCGUCGCCACUUCUGGAUUCUGUUCGGGAUCAGUUCGAGGAUUAUGAUCAGCUCGCGAAAGACUUCACGAGGGUGUUUCUUAAUAAUGCUGCUAAUAUCGAACUCAAUGCCAAUUUGUUUGAUGUGGCUUUUCUGGUUCCCGGACAGCAGAAGCAGAAGGUCAGGUUCAUCGGGGUGAGGGCCAUUCUCGGGGUUCGAAGCAGAGUCUUCCAAGAAAUGCUGUACGGCAUUCAAACAGGAUUCGGAAGUCCCCAAGUACCGGUGGCCGAAUUACUAGCGCGACCAGUGCCGACACUGCUCAGCCCCCAAAAACCCAAGAGCUCGAAUUUCCUUCAAGUACCGGACAUCGAGAGUCCAAGGCCCAAAAGUGUGCCAUCAUCGCCAAUGGUGAAACGAGCCUUCUCGCGAUUGGGUACUAUCACAGCUGGCUGGGGCAGGAGUAUCAGGAAGCACAGCAAUACUCUGCAGAUUGAGGAUCGAAAGCGGUGGACGAGCUCCCAGGAUUGCAGUAAUAAAGAGAUGAAAGAUAAGGACAAACCAGGAGCUUCCCUAGCCGUUCCCCGACUGAGCGUUUGUGCAGACGCUCAGAAGGUGGAUCGAGCGAAAUUGGCGCAAACUGAGUUCGACAUAAUAGAAUUCGACCCAGAGACGUUCGGGAUUCUCCUGGACUACCUCCACACAGGCUCCUGUCCCCUCACCUGCAGCAACAUCCCAGGCCUGAUAUGUGCAGCCGAACACUACGACCUACCCGAUCUCCUGCAGGCCUGCUUCCACCACGCCAAGCAAUUCCUCAGAAUCGAGAUAGUCUGCAUAAUGCUGUGUGCGCUGGAAAACUACUACUGGCGUUACACAUCAGCCUCCGAACUCGUGAACAUGAUCCUGGCGUUCGUGGAGACCCGGGCCUAUCAGCUAUUCCACAAUCCUGGCUUUCUAACUCUGAGUGAGUCCAUGGUACAGACGAUCAUGUGUCGUGGCCUCGAAGUUGUUGAGAUUGAGAAAUUCGAGGCGAUGCUCAACUGGGCGAAGAACAAAAUUAAAGUAAAAACGAAUAAUAAAAGUGAUGCUAAGCAUGAAUUCAAGUGUAUCAUGGAGAGAUUGAGCAAAGAUUUGAAACUCUAUCGAAUAACUCCCCACGAACUGAUCAGAAUUGUUCUGCCGACGAGAGCUAUUAAAAACGAGAGGAUCUUAGAGACUUUAGUUUUCCAAGCGAAUUCGGGAAUGUAUCGAAAUUCCGAUUCAUUUUUGGAGGACUUUCAGAAGAACGUGGAUAAUCAGGACAGUUUCGACUGGGGUUUAUGAACAUCGCUGGUUAAAAAAUGUCUAUUUUUCUUGGCUCACGUUUCAACGUUAUUUUUACAAAAAAUCGCAGUCGAGGGCUUCUGCCGAAAGAUCUGUAGAAAAUUAUACAAUAAUGUUUCUUGGUGCGUAUGCAUUAAAGAUGACAGAUGAAUACGGAAGUGUUUGAUGGAGAAUAUGGUGUAUGUUAAUUGCUGCUGGCAGUCCAAUUUGGUAUCGUUGUGUUACCACCAACUGCUUAUUUUGUACGUUGUUUUAUGGGCAGGACCCGAUAUCCCAACACCUCAUCAUAAACUAUAAUGAAAUAUUGAGAAUUUUGAGAAUAUAUGGUGGCAGUUAUGUUUUAUGCUAGGGUUGUGAGAUAAUCAAACGAGAAUGGCAGCACAAUUCGAGGUGAUUAUAAUUCGAUUGAUAAGAUAAAUUAUGUAAUUGUAGGUGUUUGUGGGAAGAACGUAUUUGCGUGAGUUGAUAAGGCUCAAUGUACCUCAAUGAUGGAGCGAUGAUUGACUAGAAAGUAAGGCAAAGUGAAUUUUCUUUUGAGUGGUCUCUGUCCGGGCUGAAUUUCUCCGCAAAAAUUUUUUUAUUCAAUUUUUUUGUCAUGUUUUUUCUAGGAAGACGAGGAUUUUUUAUUUUAGGAAGUAAUAUUACUGUGGAAUUGUUUCUUUAUUUUACAGGUUUUAUUUAUAUUCUUGCGAAAGACAAGAUCACCGGAAGGCUUUAUUGACGGAAGUUCAAUUUGACAAAAGUUGAAUUAACGAAAUGUUCAUUUUUCCAAAGUUGAUUUGACCAGGUUUUUUUGACGAAUAUUAAUAUAAAUUAAUAUGAAUUGGAGUUCCGGUUAUUUCGAUGAAUCAAUGAAUUUUAAAAGCAUUAUUUAUUAAUUUUUUUAUUAUUUGUUGAGGAGUUUAGCCGUAGAACCGAGUGGCCAGUCUAUUCAUUUUUUUAAGCGUAAUGAACUGACGUCAUUCAGGAAAUGAAUUCGCGUCCGCAAAAAUGUCGUAUUUGGACAUUUCAUUUGUGGAGAAAAUUGAUCUUCUGCCGUGGAAACUCCCGAGUCUGACCACUGGUUCAAGUUUCACGAGAAUCAAAAUUCAAUGGUUUUGAAAAAAUUGUGAAACGCAGGAACAGAUCACCAUAUGGUGAUCAGAUAUAAAGAAUCAUAUUUUGUAUCUCACCAUCUUGGGAAGACGUACGAAAAAAUUCAUAGAAGAACUCAGCGAAUUCGACGGAUAAUUCUGGUGAACUUUUUACACUGCGAAAAAUUUUUGGCUGAAAUUUUCGGUACAUUUUUUGGAAAUUUUUAUCGUGUUUGAGUUCCACGGAAAUUUCGAGGAAUUUCAUGAAAAAAUCAAUGCGAAUUGUAAAUGUCAGUUCAAUUAUUUCCUGAAAAUCGAUAGAAAUCCGUAAAAUUCCGGUGUAGUAAAUAUUUGGCCGAUUCUAUUGAAAUGUUCAAUAAAAAAUAUUCCAUAGCAAAAGUCAUUAGAAUUAGAUUUUUCAAAUUAACAUUUAUUCUGUUUAGAUAUUUUUUGUAGAAUUUUUCGGCUCAAAUUUUCUUUUUUUUUUCAUUGAGAAAAUCAAACAAAAAAAUUUGGAAACUUCAUGUCAUGAAAUUUUUAUAGAAAAAGUCGUCUAGAAGAAAGAAAAUUCAUUGAUUUUUUCUAUGAAAUCUCUUUUAUCGGACAUUUUUCAUCAAAUUUC